UUGAGGUCUUACGUAAUCGGUACUCGGCAGCCACCGUUCAGGCGCUAUUUUUGUGCCAAGAAAUGCCCUCUUGGAGCUUCUCUCUGGGCAAUCACAAUUCUGGGAAUGCCCGAAGGCGGGACACACGUAUUUGCGGGAGCCGGUUGAUGGUGGAUCUCUCGCGAGUACGAAUGAGGUAGAUGAGCUUCAUCUCAUGAAUGUCGUGAUUAUUUUUAAAUGACGGGCUGAUAGGUUGGGCAGCAGUCGUACCUAAUACAGUGCACUGGCGCUGAAGACGAGAUACGAACGGCCAUUGUACAGGGGUGAAGGCAUAUGUCUCCAUCAAGGACAUUGUCCACAGCCUGAUGAGGCGUCAUGAUCUUGUUUCCCUGAAAACAGCUGGUUGACAUACGAUGGCAGAUACUGGAAAUUCCUGGAAUGCUUGCUUCGGCCAAUUUGCGCUUCAAGAUGACGAAUCUUGGCCGGCGCUUCGGAUCGGUAUCCUCUCGUUUACAUGGCGGGGGCACGCAGGUGCCACAGGCGAUUUGAUACCAUAUCCAACACCGUCGUCGACUGGCGCAAGUGCGCAACAACGUCCGUCCAUCCAGCCUCUUUCAAGGCCGUCAAAUCGGAAAAAAGAAUCUGAUUCAAUGUUACGAGAUCUGGCCAGGGUAAGUGCAGCUUUAGUCCUUGCCGCAGAUCACGGUCUCGUGCAAUCAUGAUCGAGACACAUUCAGUGACGG